CAGCGGCCACCGCGGUCUUCUGGCUGGAGAGGGCUCCGUGCUUGGCUGCCCCUUGGGCGCCUCUUUCCCGCCGCAUUUCGGGCGCCCCGAGCUUCCGACCCCCGGCUCGCUCGCUUCUCCACGAAGCGGGCGGGGGCGCCUGGCCGGAGGAUCCGGCUACCCUGGACGCACUCCCGAUUCCGGGACUAGCGCUCCUCCCGGGAAGGUGCUGCGGGCGACUCCUGCCCCGCCAGCCCUGACCACCGGGGGGUGCCCCAGGGACGCCGCUCCGCCCGGAGGCGGCAAAGGGGGGGACCAUGAGGCGCCUGACUCGCCGCCUGGUGCUGCCGAUCUUCGGGGUGUUCUGGAUCACCGUGCUGCUGUUCUUUUGGGUCACCAAGAGGAAGUUGGAGGUGCCGCUGGGACCUGAAGUGCAGACCCCCAAGCCUUCUGAUGCUGACUGGGAUGACCUGUGGGAGCAGUUUGAUGAGCGGAGGUAUCUGAACGCCAAGAAGUGGCGAGUUGGUGAUGAUCCAUACAAGCUGUAUGCUUUCAACCAGAGGGAGAGUGAGCGCAUCUCCAGCAACCGGGCAGUUCCGGACACUCGCCAUAAAAGAUGCACACUUCUGAUGUACUGUACGGACCUUCCACCCACCAGUAUCAUCAUCACCUUCCACAACGAGGCCCGGUCCACCCUGCUCAGAACUAUCCGCAGUGUAUUAAACCGCACUCCCAUGCAUCUGAUCCAGGAAAUCAUAUUAGUGGAUGACUUCAGCAAUGACCCCGAUGACUGCAAACAGCUCAUGAAGCUACCCAAAGUGAAGUGCUUACGGAACAGUGUACGGCAAGGUCUGGUCCGAUCCCGGAUACGAGGUGCUGAUGUUGCCCAAGGAAGCACGUUGACAUUCCUGGACAGCCACUGCGAGGUGAACAGAGAUUGGCUUCAGCCCCUGCUGCACAGGGUCAAAGAGGACUACACUAAGGUGGUGUGCCCUGUGAUUGAUAUCAUUAACCUGGACACCUUCAACUACAUCGAGUCUGCCUCGGAGCUCAGAGGGGGGUUUGACUGGAGUCUUCACUUCCGAUGGGAACAGCUCUCCCCAGAGCAGAAGGCUCGACGCCUAGACCCCACUGAGCCCAUCAGGACUCCAAUCAUAGCUGGUGGACUCUUCGUGAUAGACAAAGCCUGGUUUGAUUACUUGGGGAAGUAUGACACAGACAUGGACAUCUGGGGUGGGGAGAAUUUCGAAAUCUCCUUCCGUGUGUGGAUGUGUGGGGGCAGCCUGGAGAUUAUUCCUUGCAGCCGCGUAGGCCAUGUCUUCCGGAAGAAGCACCCCUACGUUUUCCCAGAUGGAAAUGCCAACACAUACAUAAAGAACACCAAGCGGACAGCUGAAGUGUGGAUGGAUGAAUACAAACAAUAUUACUAUGCUGCCCGGCCUUUUGCCCUGGAGAGGCCAUUUGGGAACAUCAAGAACAGACUGGACCUGAGGAGGAGCCUGCCCUGCCAGACCUUCAAGUGGUAUCUGGAGAAUGUCUACCCAGAACUCAGGGUCCCCUCAGAUUCCUCCAUCCAGAAGGGCAACAUCCGGCAGAGGCAGAAGUGUCUUGAGUCUCAAAAGCAGAACAAUGAAGAGCUCCCAAGCCUCAGGCUGAGCCCCUGCAUUAAAAGCAACGAAGCAAAGUCCCAGGUAUGGGCUUUCACAUACACCCAGCAGAUCAUCCAGGAGGAACUGUGUCUGUCAGUUGUCACCCUGUUUCCUGGUGCUCCAGUGGUUCUUACUCUGUGCAAGAAUGGAGAUAACAGGCAGCAAUGGACCAGGACCGGGGCCCGGAUUGAGCACAUAGCAUCCCACCUCUGCCUAGACACAGAUAUGUUUGGUGACAGCACUGAGGAUGGCAAGGAAGUCGUCAUCAACCCUUGUGAAUCUUCACUCAUGAGCCAGCACUGGGACAUUGUGAACUCAUGAGCACCCCAUCUGGACUCAGCAUGGGGGUGGUGCUUCCCCAGACCAAAACAGACUGGAAGCCAGGCUAAGAACAGCCUGGGACUGCACCGGAUACCUUGGACUGGAGGUGGAGCAAAGCCUCCUCCCCUCCCAGAGGGGAGUGGCUGCCUCAGGGAAGAUGGAAGAACAGGUCACCAGCCAGUGGGACCGAGCAAGAAACCCACAUUUUUUUCAUUGUUGUGAAGUUCCAGUCCUGGCCAUGUCUUGCCCUCAUUGGUCCCUAGAGUCAGAGAUCCAAUGGGAUGUAUUGGUUGUUUCCUUUCCUCAAGUGGAGGCCAGAGAGAAAAGGAGUCCUUUUCUAUCAUCAGGUCAGGACUCACGUGAGAGAUGACCAAAUAGAAGGGGCUUCCAGAACAAAUAAAGUUAACCUUAGAUGUUGUC